AUGGCCGCAGCUAUGCAGGCAACAGUUGAGGCACUGGGUAAUCAGAUAAACCAGGGUAAUCAUGAAAACAAUAAUGAUGAGGACGGUCCAAUGACACUUGCUACAUUUCUGAAAGUUCGCCCACCGACCUUUAGGGGAACCUCAAAUCCCACUGAUGUAGAUAAUUGGAUUCAGACUAUGGAAAGGGCGUUGCAGGCCCAACAGGUUCCUGAGGAGCAAUGGGUUGAAUUUGGAACUUAUCAAUUGCAAGAUGAAGCUCAAAAUGCCAAGGAACUUGAAUUAAUGCAGUUAAAACAGGGACAGAUGACUGUUGCUGAGUAUACUAGUAAGUUUGAGGAGUUGUGUCGCUUUUCUUGUAUCUGUCAAGGGGCACCAGAAGAUUUUGCCGAAUGGAAGUGUAUUAAGUAUGAGGGAGGUCUUCGGAGUGAUAUUCUGAGCUUUGUUUCCCCAAUGGAGAUCAGGGUAUUUUCUAAACUGGUGAAUAAGAGUAGAGUAGCUGAAGAUUGUGUGAGAAAGGCGGCAGUAGAGAAAGGGAGUUUGAGGGUGCCUUUUCAGGGACCUUCAGGAAGAAACUUUGCUCCGAGAGGGAAGAAAGUUUGGGAAGCAACCACAGCAGGAUUUGAAUUGUCAGAGGUGCGGAAGCCCGGACAUAUGGCCACUAAUUGCCCGGAGAAGAAGAAGUAUGAGACUGGUAGGGUGCAGCAGCCAGGGAGAGUAUACAUCACUUCUACCAUAGGUGCUGAUGGAUCUAAGACACUGAUUAGAGGUAAUUGUGAAAUGGCUGGUAAAAUCUUAAAUGCUUUAUUUGAUUCAUGA